AAACACAUGAUCGGACAGAAGUCGCAAAUAAAGAAAUUUGAUUAUUAAAUUAAUUCGAAGAUAGUGUUUAGCCUAUCGUGACCAGAAGUUUCAUAAGUAUCCAAACCAAUCUAAAGAUGCUUAAUCGCGAGAUGACAGGAUACUAGCGACAAUUUAUUGCGCAACAUAAAAGUAAUAUUUGAUAAGGUGGAACUUACGGUUACUGCGCCUUAGACUGUUCAGAAAGACGUGAAACUCAAUGGUGCUUGAGAAGUGGUCAGUUAUUGGCGUUAGUACCGAGAGGUGUCGUCACUAGUGAAAGUGCCUUGGUGCGGCUGGUACCGUGCCAGGAAUUCUGUUGUGCAAGUUACAGUGCUUGCACGCCAAGCCGCCUAUUGUUUUUGACGGUGGCACAUGGAUGUGUUUGUAAAUAAGCCGUCGAUGGCGCGACAGGGAAGGCGAGGCCCGCUACCGGCCAUCAUGCAGUCUUAUGACAGUCUCUCUGAAACUCAGGUAGUGGGAAACACGGUUAACCAUGAUAGCAUAAAACUGUAUCAUCCUGGAACAGACGGCGUCACCAUCACAAAUCAGUUUACGAGCUUAAAAUUAGGAUCGCAGAACGACGAUAAUGCCACAAACGGAAGCAGCUUCCUGCUCAUCGACGACCAAGAAAAUCUUCAGGUGACGUCCGCCGAACAGUUGGCCGGCCGAUUAGGUUGUGGUCCUCAGGCAAGACUGAAGGUAGUGUCUGUCCUGGGAAAUGCCGGAGAUGGCAAAUCUCACACGUUAAACCACACCUUCUUCUGUGGCCGAGAAGCAUUUCGGACGUCGGAAGGACAGGACUCCUGCACGAUGGGGGUGUGGGCAGCUCUAGAGCCUUCCGGCACAGCCAUCUGCCUCGAUACGGAGGGGCUACUGGGAGGAUCAGGCAUGGAUGAAAACAGGAGAACACGACUCCUCCUUAAGGUGCUGGCUGUCUCGGACAUUGUCAUCUUCCGGACACGGGCCGAGCGCCUGCACCGCGACAUGCUAGUCUUCCUGGGCUCCGCAUCGCGUGCCUACUCGCAGCACUUUUCCGCCGCCCUCCAAGCGGUCAGUGGCAAGCUGCGCGCCCUGGGGGGAGCGUCGAUGCCCUCCCUGGGACCGUCUGUCAUCAUCUUCCAUGAAACUCGACACACCAGGCCCCUGCAGCAGACAUUAGAUGAAACCCCUGAGGACGUGCUGCGGGCCAGGUUUGCACAGUGCGGCCUCGAGAUGGACGCCUUCAGCUCGCUGCACUAUGUGGGCAUCCAGACGGUGAACCAAGCUACUGACUUUGGGACCCUGAGGUUUGCCGUGCGGUCAGAAUUGGACAACUCUUCUGUCAGGUCUCCACGGCCUCCUGCACUGGUCUUCCACACUCUGAAGGUACUGAACGAGAAGUUCAGUGGAGAGAUGGAGGUGCAGCCACGCACGCUGUUUCCUGACCAGUACUUCAGCUGCCCAGCCCGUUGCCUGUCCUGUGAGCGGCGCUGUGAGGCCGGCAUGGGGCAUUCCAAAGAGGGCCGGCCCCACAUGUCAUCUGGCCGCUGCAGGUUUCAGCACCAGUAUGAGAACUGCCAGUACAUCUGCAAGAUAUGCUAUGGCAAUGGGAUGGAAGUUAUUGUGACCCCCUGCCUCACAUCUACAUCGGACACAUCGUGGUUUGGAUUAGCAAAAUACGCAUGGUCUGGGUAUGUGAUAGAAUGCCCAAAUUGUGGAGAGAUCUACAGGAGCAGGCAGUUCUGGUAUGGAAACAAGAAUCCGGAGGAUGCGGCAGUUCGCACAGAGAUACGGCACGUGUGGCCUGGGGGUACAGGUGGUAACCUCAUCGGCACACAGAAUGCCGCCCGCAAAGUCCUUGAUGGUGUCAACUACAUAUCGGAAGCAGUGGCGAGUGUCGGGUCACCGCCUACACGGCUCCUCUCCUCUUGGGUCACAGACCAGAUUGCUCCACGCUAUUGGAAGCCUAACAAUGAAAUAAAGGACUGCAGCAACUGCCACACAUUUUUCGAGAUGGGCGAUACCAAGCACCACUGCAGGGCGUGUGGUGAGGGUGUGUGUGAGAACUGCUCAAGUCAUCAGAUGGAGGUUCCAGAGCGGGGCUGGCAUUACCCUGUCCGGGUGUGCGAUGAGUGCUAUGGUAAAGCUCAGAGUGAGAAACAGCAGCAGCCACAACAGCAGCAACGAGCUCCACAGCAGCAGGCUGUCAGCCAGUCGGCAGAGGAGGAGGCUGAGGUGCGUGCCCGCAAGGUGGGAGAGGCAGUCAUCAGCACCCUGAGCAGUGUCGCAGCAGUGCUGGAGUACCCGAGAGACCUGAUAAAAGAGAGUGCCCGGCCGAGCUACUGGCAGCCGGAUGGAGAGGCGACGGGUUGCAACUGCUGCAGUGCCACGUUCGGUCCACGUCUGUCACUGCACCACUGCCGCGAUUGCGGUCGUGCUGUCUGCCGGGACUGCUCGCAGAGCCGACGGCCUGUGCCCAUCCGAGGCUGGGACACGCCUGUCCGCGUUUGUGACUCGUGCAUUAAAAAGGCCUAGCAGGACGCUGACAUCAGCACUUUGCCAUUUACGUCAACAAUGCUGCUACACUAUACCUGGGACCGACAGUUGCAUGCUUUCUCCACAAUUAUCUGUUAUAACCUGAGGUUGUGUACUCCAUCAGAAUUGUUUCCAAUGCAGCUUUCUUUGUGAAAGCUAGAGUAAAGCUACAGUAUAUUAUAAAAGUACAAAAAAAAUCAACUACAUGAUGUUCACAAAUAAUCAAGGGCAUACUAUGUAGUAGCCACUUUAUAUUGUCCCGUAAAAGUAGUAGUACUACUCCUAAAGAAGAGAUGUAUAACCAGAGUUUACUUCUGUUUGUGCUGUUAAAAGAGAAAGAAGUGUUAGACUCUAAACCUAUAGCAGACUAUGCUAAGAAGUUAACAUUGUUGAACUGUUACCUAUAUAACAUCACAAGAUUUUAGCCUCAUGGAAAUAGAAAUUUAUCUCUAUUUUUAUAUAUUGAAGGAUAAAACAUGAAGAUUUGAAAGUAAAUUGAUAUAGUUAAAGGAACAAGAGUAUAUCAGUGGCAUAUUUACAAAAAUAUCUUACGUAUUCAUUUGUCUUCCAUUUAUUGCACAAGUUCAGUUUCCAUCUUUUUGUGCUGUUUUAGUAAGCACCCUAAACGAGGCCAGUUCACGUUUCUUGGAAUUCAGUGCCGAAUAGUCUCAGGCAUGUCUGAAAAAUUCCCACGUACUUCUUCCUUGCUUGUAAUUUUGUGUGGAUUGCACCUUCUGGUGGACACUGGCAUAUAUUUUUGCUCAAUUUGUAAGAAUUGGGUGCCAUCCAUGACACUGACUGUUGUACUAUCAGAGUAUUGGGCAGGGCAAAAAGAAAGAAACAAGUUCACAUAAUUCAAGGAAGGUAUGGCAGAAGACCAAACACAGAAAUUCACACAAGAUCUCUGGAAUCUUAACUGAUGUUACAGUCAUUCAAAACAAGAAAUGCAUAUCGCUAAAUGUUAUCAAAAUUCUUGCCAAGCACAACACUUUACUGUAUGUAGAUUCAAAACCAGUAAGCAUGAGAUUUUUAAUUUCAGAAAUCAUACAAGGGGGAUCACCUCUGGCGCACCUGUGAAAUGGAAGAACAUCCAUCUUCUUAUCAAUGCAAUGAUGAAGUAGGUGUUUUAAUAUCACAAUUUGUGGUGACGUUGAUGAUGUGAAGAAUGUACUGUCUCCAGUCCUCAUCAAACUGUAGGAUUAGCCAGUGUUGUAACAUUUUAAGAUGUUCCAGCAGUUCUGUUACAUUCCAUAAAAAUAAAUGGGCCAUAUACCAUUCUUUAUGACAUUGCACUGCAUAUUGAAUUUUGGCAGAUCUCUAGGUUCUCCAUAUCUCAUAUCAUGGUGAUUUACUUUCCCUUUCAUCUGAAUUGUAUCUUCACCAAAGAAACAAAAUUAUCUGGAAAACUCUCAUCCUCCUUGUCACUGUGUUAUCAUUUUGUGUAAGGCUAAUGUAAUAACUUUGACUGACACAGCCUAAAAUUAAUUUGCUUAUCAAAAAGGAUACCACUCAAGUUUCCAGAGGAGCUGCAUUAUGCAUCAGUUCUGCAGAUUUUUUGUGUAGACUUCCCUGAUUUAUUGCUUACAUAAAGCAGUGCAUUGCACUUUUGUUUAUGCAUAGGUUUAUGUCUCUUCACAAUGUUAAAGAACCAUCAUUAACAUCAUGGCAUAGAGCUGUAAUUAUAAAACAUGCAGUUGGGGCUGUACAAAUGCAACCAAAUUCAUUUUUGCUAGUUCCAGUACACAUUAUACUUGCUACAGAUAAUGUGUUAAUUUCUCUCUCACAUGAUCAUAGUGUUAAUGUCAGAAGCACUCCUGUCAUGUCAGUAGCAUGCAAAUUACAGAUAAAGCUUCCAGAGGUUUUGUUUAGAGUGGUACUCUGUGCAAUCUUCUGUUGUACUUACUCAGUUGUGAUAAUUGUUUCAUUCUUCUUAACUGAUCCUAUGUAAAGACAUCAUUGUGGAACAGAGAGGUCCAAUUAGAUUCUAUGCCCUGAUACAAAACAACAAAUUAUCUGCUAUUUUAUAAAUAAAACGAGAUUGUUAGAACAGUGGUACUACUGGGUGCAUCGUGUGGUUCAGUCUUUUGCAUCUGGAGAUGAAAUUAAAUGAUGAGUACCUCUUUUUGCUGGUUUCUCUUCUGAAGAAUUUAUCAACAUAUUUUUAUAAGUAGCAUUAACAAAUGAUGAAGAAUAUACAAUCUUCGUAAUUUCUCUUGAAGGGAAGCCUUGUGAAACCCGUGUGUGGUCAUGAAGGCUGUAGGUGUAGAUACAUUAUUUGCAACAACUGCUAGGUUAGUAGUGUCUACAUAGUAAAUGGACCUAUUGUUUUUUUAAUACAAUGAGGAGUUCUAUAUAUAUGACUAUUUCAUUGUUGGAAUCAUUAUUUGAUAUGAACAGACAUUUCUGCAUGUUUCAAAGAAAAUUGUUUAAGAGAUGCAUAAGAUUUUAAAAGGUAAAGGAACCUUCACUUGUCUUUAAAUUUUUCUGUGUGUGAUUCUUGAAGAAGUGUGAUUACUUUGUCAAAGUAAGGAUUUGAAAGUUGAUUGCUGAUAGCUCUGGAUUGUUGUUUGUAUUGUGGAGGUGAUCAGAAUUGUAAGCUCUUGCCAAGUAGGGUGUGGCAAUUUUACUUUGUCCAGUAUAUGUCUUUCAUUUGUAAUACAGAAAAAUUUUCAGUUACUUGAAAAUUCUGUCAGAUGAGUGAAAGGUGUAAUCUAUGUACUAAUGAGAUGUACUCUCAAACCAAAGUAUUUGUGAAGAGAAGAAAGAGCUAGCUUGCUUGCUAUGUAGUUGUUUGUGUAAAGACACUGUGUUGAAGAUACGUGGAACCAUUCCAUAAUGCCUAGUCCUUCAUAGUGUGUGAAUUGCCGUUUUAAUAGAUUACUUUAAGCAUUUUCUUAAGUUCCUUAAAAUGUGAUGAUACUUUUGCUCUGCGCAUUCAUUCAGCUCGCUUAAUAUUUUCUUGGUUUUGUAUCAGGCAUUCUCUUAUUGAAACAUAUAUAAUUUAGUGUUUUCCACUGUUGAAAAGUCAAAUGUUUGUUGCAAUUGGUUUUCCCAAGGGCCACAUAUUUAUCACAACGGAGCACACAAUUUUGUAUCAAUACAUUCCUUUCUCAUAGUGGAGAAACAGUAAAAGUGUUGCAUAUCAUCAGAAAUUGCUUCAGGAUAUUAAUUAUCGUGGUGAUUAACAUUUCACCACCAUAAUGGAAUAAUUUUGUAGUGACAUCAGUUGUUCUCAAAUCCUCAAGAGCUGUGCACUGUGCACAGGAUGUCCCACAUAUUGUGUGCCAUCAUAAUAUUUAUCCUGCAUUUCCUGUUGCUACCUGUAACACUUCAUCUACCAUGGUAUUGAAGCUACUAUAAUAUUUACAACACCUUAUACUGCUCUUUUACAUGUAAUGGCAUCUGAUAGCUUCUACAGGGAAGUACACAGUCAGUGUUUAAAGUGAAAACUCAUCAAAAAUAAUCAGAAACAUGCAAUAAAUUAACUCCCAGACUGUCGGGAACUUUCGUCAUCAGAAAAUGUAGAGGUGGGAAAAAUGUUUAGCAGGUUGUAUGAUAGAGCAGUCAUUAACAUCUGAACAUGGAUAAAUUUAAAUUUAACAAAUUAAUCCAAAAGAAGAAUUAUUAUCAGUGUACAAGCAAGUGAGCAACAUGGUGUAAAGAGCUCUUAUGGAAGCUAUUGGCAGCCUGAGAAACAAGCAAAGUGUUCCUUCCCAACACUUGGUGGGUGCAGGGACACCAACAAGCAUUUAACAGGUACUUAACAUUUAAAGUGUAGCAUGUUUCUGCAUCUCUUGAACAAAAAAUAACAUUGCAAAUAUUAAUAAAUGCCAUAUCACCGCACACUUCUUUUCCUGAGCUUUCAAAUGCCAUUACCUCAGUAGAUAAUGUAAUAAAUAACUGUUCCAUUACAGUUAGGUUUUGGGAAUGAAGUCCUUGAACAUUUUAAAAUUUUCCAUUUUACUGAAUAAUGGCCUUGAGGAACAUCAAUUGAAAGUCAACUUUUUCUUGUAUCAUGAACUGUGCCAUUACUUUGUUAAAACUGAAAGCCUUCAUGUUUUCUUCACAUCUCCCCCCCCCCCCCCCUCCCACCUCCCAAAAUGCAUACAAACACACAAGUUAAAUGAAGCCUGCCACUACAGUGCUAACAGCAUUUCUGUGUGCUACCAUCAUCAGCACAUACUACUUACACCAACUCUGCUACAUACUUCAUAUUGAUUUGUGGAAAGGAACUAUUAAGUUAGCAUAUAUAGCAUAGGUUUGCAGAAGCUUCAGGUGAGCAUAUUAGUUACUCUAUUUUAGCACAAGGUCUACAUAUUUUAAUUUUUUGUGGUAUCAUGUUCCCCUUUUUAUCUUGCAUUAUCGUAUGUAUAAUUUUUAAGGCUUUGUGUAGUUACGUUACAUGGCUACUGAUAAUUAUUUCCAUGUGGAUAUAUUGCUCAACCUAUAGGUUCAUUUUGUGAAGUUCGUACCAUGUCCAUCUGUUUGGUCAUAAUAGUAAUAAAUUGAUUUUCUCAACAAGGACUUACCUAUUUCUCCAUUAGCUACUUUGCUCUUUAUGCAUUGUAUUUUUUACUAUUUCUCUGUUGGAGAACCUGGUGGGUUCUAGUAUCUAAUUUUUUUUUAUUUAUUUAUUUUUUUUUUUUUUUUUUUAUAGAAGUCUGAAUCACAUCCUUGUUGCCAAAUCAUCUCUGGCUUGAUGUUAGUUAUUCACAUAUUCACUGUUGUCUAAAAUGUAAGUAUGAAUCUUUGUCAGCUUUUGUUAUAUUCAUCAUCUUCCUUGUCUUCUGCCUGUACCCAGAAAACAAAACUAAUGCAACUUGAGGACUUGUACAUGAUGAACAACUUCUGGACCAACACAGACUAUCCCCAGCAACCUCAUAUAGCUGAAAUACAGGAAACAAGUAGAACACAUCAUCUUUUCAAAAGGCAAAUGCUGUCUAUGGCUUGUUUCUUGAAUUCCAAACUGAGACUGCAUUGUGCCAUUGGGUACAUCUUGUGGCCACAAAAAGAAGUGGUACACAAAUACAUGCAGUAACGGGCAGAUAAGUAUUUUUUUUAAUUAUAUAUUUCAGCCUAAGAUCACACAAAGGGAAUCAUCAACAGUUUCAACUUAUCAAGUUUUCCUCAGAUGAUCUAUUUAAAAAGAAAAGGGAGAUAGCAAUAUUAGGAAACUAAAUAAUCGUAUAAUCCUACAUAAUUAACUGUAGCGUUCAGUUUAAACAGACAGAGUAUAUCUUAUGAGUCACUCUUUGACAUUCAUGUUUGUAUAGUUGUAUAUAGAAAUUUUCCAGUAUUUUACUAUCCCCCUUUUUCCUAUAUUUUUAAAGAAAUCAUCUGAUAAUGACAUAACAACAAGAGAAACUGCUAAUGAUACCUUUUAAUUAGACAGAUAAAAAAAAUCUACUCACCAAGCGGCGGCAGAACACACACAUAAGACUGUUGUGAUUGGCAAGCUUUCGGAGUCAUUGGCUCCUUCCUCAGGCAGAAGGGUGAAGGACUGGAGAAUAGGAAAAGGGGUACAUUUUGGGAAAUGUCACCCAGAACUGCGAGUCAGGGGAGACUACCACACAGGAAGAGAAGGAAAGAGUCUUUCCUUCUUAUCCCGUAUGGUAAGUCUCCCUUGACCCGCAGUUCAGGGUGACUUUCCCAAAAUCUAUCCCUUUGCUUAGACCUCUCCAGUCCUUUUCCUUCACCCUUCUUCCUUCCUCUUCGAUCUUUCUUCCUGAAGAAGGAGCCACUCGCUCCAAAAGCUUGCCAGUGACAACAGUCUUCUCUCUCUCUCUCUCUCUCUCUCUCUCUCUCUCUCUCUCUCUGUGUGUGUGUGUGUGUGUGUGUGUGUGUGUGUGUGUGUGUGUGUGUCCCUUGCCACUUGGUGAGUAGAUUUAUCUAUCCAAUUAAAUAAUUUUAUCAAUAAUUGUUUUUGUUGUUAUAAUGAUACUCUUUGUGUGAUGUGAGGAUACAACAUAUAAUUAACAUUUUUCAAAGCCAGUUAGUGUUUUACUAAGGCUCCACCUUGUAUUUGUGUGUAGGAUUUCAAUUUUUUUUCCGACAAGCAAGGUGCAUUUUAUAGUACGUUCCUUAAAUUUUAAUUUAUUUACAAAUGACUUGUCUCGUUUUCAUCAGUAGAAGUAUUUAUCCUUAAAGUAUUUGUUCAUUGAUAUGAUGUUCUGAGUGUAAUGGAAGCUUGUAAUGCUGUUUUUUCUGUCAUUGGACAUUUGCACUCUGUUUGUCGUGUUGACUGCUACAUUACCUUUACCAUUAGUAUUUCUACCUUUGCAUCUGCAGCAAAGUGGUAUUUAGCUCAACAUCAGUAUCUAAAUUUUCACUAGGUGUGCCAUCACAGUGCCACAGCAGAGUUGAGGAAAUGCUCGUUUUAUCACCUUUCUUUGAUUCAAGAAAUGUCACUCUGAGCAAAAUACCUUCUGAAUUACAAUACCAACAUUUCUUUCUCCAAUUUAUCUUCAUUGAAAUCUAAAGAGAAUAGUGCGAUGAACUUCUUUGCUUUCUGGUCCCUGGUAAGAUCAUAAAUAUUACACUUUUCCUGAAAUUUGGUUCUACUACCAUAUUCUUCCUGCAUAUUUCCUCAGACAAUGGUUCUUUGUAUCAGCUACCCUUUUUAACUGAGGUUGGCAACGGCAGUCAUUUGGAUUGUAGAAAUAAUAUAUUGAUUAGUCAAGAUUUCGUAACACAACGAUGAUUAUAUUUAUUUUAGUGAGAGGUUGUGACCUUACCCAUAAAAAGUUUAGGAAUAGUCUCGCCUGAAUUUUUGUUCUCGUCAGUGUUUUAAAAGGGGAAAAGGAGCUUUUGAGGAACAUGCAUGCAUUCUCCUCUCGUAUUAUUUUCACAGUAAUUUCUCUCAUCAUGUUGGGGUCGUAAAAAAAAACCUGCUGUGGAGCCUAUUUAUGCGGUGGCAAGUUUAUUUUAGCAUUUUCCACUUUGCAUUUGCUGCUUUUACUGGUAAAAUUUAAAUAUGAGUUUUCCUCCCUUUACCAAAACAGUUAUGGUUCCCACACAGCUUCUAUUUAUUACAUGAAUUGCUACAAUGUGAAAGCACCACGGACUUUGUUUGACCCAGGUUUCAUUUCCCUUAAAAUUUCAAAGUCAAAAAGCGGUUUGCAGCUGCUAAAGAAUAUUCAUCAUCAUGUUGGCUUUCAGUUUAGCAUCUUAAUGGUUAAUACAAACUUUAAUAAAAUUCAUGUUUGAAUGUCGUAAAUUAAGUUACAAACAGUAAUUUAAGAGAUAAAAGGGCUGUGCUUACAAGCAAAAAUCAACAGCAAAUUGAAAUAAUGAUAUGAACAGUGAAAUCAGUCUUGAGCCAUUACAACUGCAGCCCCCUCUCAUUAAUAUUAUAAGAAAGGCAGGAGUUAGACAAAAUACACUUUUGUCUUCUAUUUCUGCAAAGGAAACGAUUACAUGAAGGGGGGGGGGGGGGGUACUGUUUCUUGUAAGCCUGGCCCUUUGACAUAUUUGAUAAGAUUUUUAAUGAUAAAUCUAACUCUUUCUAUGCAGUGGAAUGUGACUGACUAAUAAGAAGACUGAUUUUGUAGUAAGUUGUUUCCCUUGGUUUUUGGAGGAGAGAAUUAGGAAGAGAAGAUAAUCUUUUCUCUGACUGGAUGUAGCAGGGUCUGCACAGGUAUACUAUAAGAAAUGCCACAAAUUUUAUGUGAUAAGAGUGAGGCAGCUCCUCAUUUGUCACUUGUGGUGCUGUUUGUUAUGUAGAUGUAGGCCAUAAGUAACAGCUGGUACAUGUAUGUUAAAAAGAAGAAGAAAUAAAUGGAAACAUUAUUUUAAUUUUCA